AUGUCUGCCACCAUUGCACAACCCCCCUACCCACUCCACGAGUCCGUUCGGGACCUGCUGGACCCGGAAUAUGUCGCCUUCUACAACAAACACGUUAUCAACAAUCAGCAGGUCCACUUACAACCCGUCGCAGCGUCACGGACCAGUGGUGUCUUGAUCCCCGGUGCGGGACCGAUGCUAGAGGUGGGCAAAACCCAGGAUCUUUCCAUUCAACGGCGAGUCACCGAUGGCCCUUCCGUUCCCAUUCGCUGCUUCACUCCCAAGGGAGAGACCCCCGCCGGUGGGUGGCCGGUCAUGCUAUAUUUCCAUGGCGGAGGUUGGGUUCUGGGUAACAUUGACACGGAGAACGUGGUCUGUUCGAAUCUCUGUGUGCGUGGUAACUGCGUGGUGGUGACGGUGGACUACCGACUGGCUCCCGAGAACCCUUUCCCCGCUGCCGUCCACGAUUGCUGGGAAGCGCUGCUUUGGCUGGUCGCCGAGGGUCCCGCCACGCUAUCAGUUGACAUGUCCAAAAUCGCAACGGGCGGGUCUUCGGCCGGGGGUAACCUGGCUGCUAUCAUGACCCACAAGGGAUUGACUCUCUCGCCCCCCGUGCAGUUCCGUGCCCAACUGCUCUCGGUCCCCGUCACCGACAAUACCGCCACUGUGGAGAACAACGAGUCCUAUCGCCGAUACGAACACACUCCGGCAUUGUCCGCCCCCAAGAUGAUCUGGUACCGCGAUCACUAUCUGCCCAAAGAGGCGGAUCGGACUAACCCCGAGGCUAGUCCUCUCUUUUACAAUGGUGACUGGUCUCCAUUGCCCCCUGCUCUGGUCAUGGUCGGCGAAUUGGACGUACUUCGAUCCGAAGGCGAACAGUAUGCUGAAAAGCUACAAAAAGCGGGUGUGGAGGUGGAUCUACAGGUUAUGAAGGGAAUGCCACACCCCUUCCUUGCCAUGGACGGAGCCUUGUCUGAAGGUAAGCGGUGUAUCACCUUGAUGUGUGAUGCAUUGCAGAAAGCCUUUUGGAGCUCGUAA